GUCUUCUUUCUUUACGGUCACCGACGUCCAAUCGCCCGCUCUUCCCCACUGGAAAUGCUUAGACUGUUGAGAAGCAGCAGGCCUCUUUUCUACGCCAGGACCAAAUCCAUGAAUCGCUUCCCUCCGAUACAAUUAACUCGUCGCGGUAUGGCAUCAGCCGUUGGGGACACGUCUGAACGGACUUUCAAGAGCCUUUCUAUCUCUGAGGUGUCCAAAUCUGCGAUAAAACAUGAAUUCAUGACCCAGGUUCAAGCCGAAACAAUUGACCACGCACUGACCGGUCAAGAUCUUCUUGUACAAGCCAGAACCGGAACCGGGAAAACCUUGGCCUUUUUGCUUCCUGCCAUUGAGACUCUAUCAAAGAGCAAGUUACGCAAAGGUGUUUCAAUCUUGGUGCUCUCACCAACUCGGGAAUUGGCGAUCCAGAUUGCUAGGGAGGCAGAGACCCUCGCCCACCCUCACGGCUUGAAAGUCUUCACCGUAUAUGGUGGCACCAACCCUCGAGCAGAGCUUUCUAAAUUCAACAGCCGUGGCUGCGAUAUCCUCAUAGCGACUCCUGGUCGUCUGGUUGACCACCUGGAAAAUCAGGGUUUCCACCGGCAUCUCUCCGAUCUCAAGGUCUAUAUCUUGGACGAGGUCGACCGGUUGUUGGAUGUUGGAUUUAAGCCGCAGUUGGACAAAAUUCAGAACUACCUGCCUAAAACUCCCAGGCAGACUCUCCACUUCUCUGCCACGUUAAGUAAGGACGUCCAACAGAUUGCCAAAUCGCAGCUCAGAGAAGGUUUCAAAUUCAUCAACACGAUUCAUGAGGAUGAACGACCUACUCACGAGCACGUCGAGCAAUCUCAUAUAAUUGCUCCCUUCUCACACCACCUUCCGACUCUACUUCACUUAAUUAGAGAAGACCAAGAUAUGAACAAAGGUUCAUCGAAACAGGUCAUCUUUUUCCCGACUGCCCGCCACGUCGAUGCCGCGUUCCACGCGCUGUCAAAUAUCGUCGGCCUUCCAACGCUCACUUCAAUGCACUCUCGGCUGAGUCAGAAGGCACGCGAACGCAGCUCUGACAAGUUCCGAAGUGAGCCCAGCGCGAUUCUGCUUUGUUCCGACGUAGCAGCCAGAGGUGUUGAUUUUCCCGGGGUCACUGCAGUCUUCCAAGUUGGCCUCCCUGUAAACGGAGAGCAAUAUAUCCAUCGCUUAGGAAGAACAGCUAGGGCUGGUGCAGCUGGUCGUGGUACAUUGAUCCUCGAUCCAGACGAACAAUCUUUCCUCAGUAACCGGGCGCUGCAAGGAAUCUCCAUCCCUCAAAAAGAAUCACUUCCCAAUGAGAUGCUCGAGUCUCUACUAACGGUCACAAAUGAGGCUCUUGUUAAGAUCGAUGAUAAGGUCAAGGAGCAGGCUUACAGGGCCUGGCUGGGAUACUACAACUCAAACCUCAAGACGACAAAAUGGAAUAAGGUGGAACUGGUGAAGAAGGCGACCCUGUAUGCCCAGGAGUGUCUGGGAUGGACAGAGGACCUCCCUCCAUCGCUGGAGGCUAAAACGGUUGGUAUGAUGCACUUGAAGAACGUUCCAGGGUUGAAUAUCGGACGUAGAACUCCUUAAUGUAUUUGACAAACUUACUGCACCUCACUCAGUCGAUACGCAUGCUAUAUAUCAUUAUUCUGUAGAUGAUAGAUCUAAUAGACAUAUAUUGGGUAUU